GUCUGUCUUCUUUCCAGCCAUUUUCCACCUUAUCGAUUGAGGCUGAAUCUUGCAUUCAACUUGAGGAUUGAUUGAGGAGAAUUUACUUUCGAUUUUUCCAAAUUACAUCUUAUCUUUCCAUCGGCACUCGAGUUGAUGCUUGCACCUCGAACUUCAAGACCAUUACCUGUCAAUCCAACGCUCCGACACGGCCUAGAGUAGCGUUGGCUGGGCGCAGGGUGAUGACAUCUCCGCACGUGGAAUGAACAGAGCCUCAAUUACAAGCCUCUGCGCCUCUUCAACUCAGUAGAGUGCUAUUAUACAGCCUCGAUCGUCCUUCCUCCUGGCACAAUGUCCAAAAUUACAUCAAAGAACCUCUCAUACGACUCGACCCUCCCACCAUUCCUCGCUCGUCUGCAAGCAAAUAACAACUCGAGGGACGACCGCCAUGAGUUUGCAAUUGCCCGACCAAAGAAGGCACGCACAGCGGAGGACGAGGCAGAGGAUGAGCCUGUAUACUUCAAUGAGGAGAGUGGUGAAACCUUGACAAAGGGUGAAUGGGAAGCUCGAGAAGCUGGAAAUGAUGAAGAGAAGGCGGACGAGAAGGAUGCUGCGCACACUCUAAGUAAAGAAGAUCCGGAAUCCUUGAAAGCGGGCAAGAAAGAGGAGAAAGUAGCAGCCAUUGGGGUAGGGAAGAAGAGAAAGGUUGGGAAGAUUGUGGGUGGUGAGGAAGAUGAUGAGCCUAUUGCUGAAGAGAAGAAGGCUCCAAAACGGGAGGGCAAGAAGGUUGAGAAGGGCAAGUCAGCAAAAAAGGCGAAGAAGGUCAAGCUCAGCUUUGGGGAUGACGAAUGACCCUAUGUGAAUGCUGUCUGCUGGAGAAGGGGCAAUUGGAGUUAAGGAAGGAUUGGACUUUUGCUUUUAGAUACCCCCUGCUUCGAAUAAAUCUUUUCACGACAC